AUGGUGAAUUGCUGUAUAAAUGGCUGUAAAAGUCGUAGUGAACGAAAUCAGCCAAACAUAACCUUUCAUCGAUUUCCGAAUGAACCAAUUUUAAGAAAAAAGUGGACUGAGUGCACGGGUCGAAUUAACUGGCAUCCAAGUCGUCACUCCCGAAUCUGCUCCCGACAUUUUGAAGCUAGUUGCAUUCGACAGAAAUUAAAUAGUACUCACUUAAAUCCUCUUUCGAUACCGACUCUUUUCAUUCAGGUCCAACCGGCUUUAGAUCAACCGAGUACCUCUAAAUGUGAUACUUUGGGGGUUGAUGUGCAAGCAAAGGAUUAUUUGCUUGACGGUUCAUCCAUUACGGAUAGUCAUGGUCACCUAUCUUUACCAUUAGAAGUUGCUAUGGAAGUAGAAAUAGAAAGUACUAUGACGCAAGAAAUAUUACCUAUAGUGGCAGCGCCGGAACUUGAGAUGACUCCUCGUAAAAAGAAGUUAAUUAGCAAAUUGAAAAAGAAACCAUAUUAAGUGAUAAUAGAAGGAAAAAAUUAGCAGCUUUAAGAUCUAAGACCUGGCGUUUGCAAAAGAAAACUGCUGAACAAUCUACUAUAA